GCACAGAUAAAGGAUAGUGCAGAGAUAAAAAGCAGACGCACUGCGCCCCAUCGUUCAGUCGGACUGCACAAGGUGACGAGUGGUCAGACAAACCUUCCUCUGUCGUUUGGUUGUUUUUACGCUUCGGAUACUUGAUUAUCAUUCAAACCAUCGAGAUGGAGAAACUGCGACAGGCACUCCUCGACAAAAACGUGAACACCUUCAAGCAGAUGCAAAGGAAGUUCCGUGUGAUGGACGAUGACAGGAGCCGUACCCUCGACUUUGAGGAGUUGGCGAAGGGGAUCCGCGAGCUGGGCCUGACCGACAGCGACAUGACGGAAGAGGAAAUCUUGGCGGUCUUCUCUACACUGGACAAAGAUGGCUCAAAAUCUCUGAACAUUGACGAGUUCCUCGAAGCGGUCACGCCACCCAUGUCCGAGGCCAGAAAGGAAAUCGUCAAAAAGGCCUUCCAGAAGGCAGACAAGACGGGAGACGGCAAACUGACUACAGCCGACCUGAAGGGGGUCCACAACGUCACCUACAACCCAGACUUCAAAAACGGCAAAAAGACCGAGGAAGAACUGCUGACCGAGUUCCUGAACAGUUUCGAGCCGGACGAGGCCAGCAGGGAUGGAGUGGUGACGCUGGAAGAGUUUGAGAAAUACUAUGCUGGAGUCGGCAAGUCAUACGAUGCGGACGAAGCUUUCAUCCAGAUGGUCAAAGCAAGCUACUGUUUGGAGUGACAACGAUUCACUGAACCCAAACAAGACGAUGAGGCUUUCCAGCUCAACUUUUUAAAUUUGACUUGUAUUAACACGGUGCAUCGUGGUUGCUAAUUUGAAAGGAAAUUUGUUUUCCUUUCAUCUAAAUUUACUUUAGGACCGUAUAGGUGGUUGGAGAGCUUAUGUCUUGAAUUAAUUGUGACAAACAUGUGAAACGACAUUUCAAACACUGAAUAAAAACAAAAUAGACCCCAUUAAUAAUAUGGUAUGUUAUUCAUUGCGAUUGUCAUUUGCUCUAUUAAGGAAUCAUAUCCUUGCCUUCUCACUGCAGCAAGUUUGAAAUACACUGGCUUCUCAGCAUAGACUCGGGCGGGUCUGCCGACAGCUGGAGUGAUUACAUUCAAUGCACUUGCCGUUUCCAACUGUUUUCAUUUGUGACCCAUUAAAGACUUGUCAAUGAUCAGUGA